AUGUCUGGUCUUUCAGGGUCGCGGUUUACGGCGCCGAACCAGACGACGAGCGACCGGCUGUCGACGAACACAGUCGGUCUGGUGGCGCUGUCAGACUUCCGCAAGCGGCGGGCCGAGGUGAUUGAGCAGCAGGAGCGCGAAGCACGCGAAGCGGCACGCGGGGGCGCGUCAUCGGGGGGCGAGGGUGUGACGGCAGGAGCAGGGGCAGCGAGCGGCAGUGCAGGCGGUGGUAGCGGCAGUGGCGACGGCAACGGAGCGACAUCAGGAGCCUCAGCAGCAGGAAGCGACGGCGAUGGAGACAGGCCCAAGACGAAGAAGUCCAGAACGAAGCGGGACGGGAAGAAGGGCAGGAGCGGUGGCGUGACGAAGCUAUCGUUUCUGGGGGACGAGGAGGGGGACGAAGAAGGAGAGGAGGGCGAUUCUUUGACGAAGACGAAGACGAAGACAGAAUCGACAGAAACAACAGCUUUGACGACAAAGACAACACAGACAACACCAACACCAGCACUCCCCCUGCCCAAGUCCUUCACCAAGCAGGCGCUGCGGCGACAGGCGGCUGAGCGCGAGGCGCUGCGCAAGGAGUUUCUGCUGCUGCAGACCGCCGUCAAGGCGACCGAGGUAGCCAUUCCGUUUGUCUUUUACGAGGGUGCCGACAUUCCCGGCGGCGUGGUGCGGGUCAAGAAGGGCGACUUUGUCUGGCUCUUCCUGGACCGCAGCCGUAAGGUGGGCGCGCGGCUGGGCGUCGGCGAGAAGAAGUCUAGCAAAGCACGGCUGCACUGGGCUCGCAUCGGGGUCGACGACCUGAUGCUGGUGCGCGGGAAUCUGAUAUUGCCUCAUCACUAUGACUUUUACUUCUUCAUCAUCAACAAGACCAUCGGCCCCGGCGGCGUCCGCGUCUUCGACUACAGCGCCGAGGCCCCAGAGGCUGCCGUGCCUGCCACGUCUACCCCUCCCACCGGCGACGUCGAGGAGGACCACAGCAUGCUCGAGGGGGCGUCCGACGACCCUAGCCUGACCAAGGUAGUCGACCGCCGCUGGUACGAGCGCAACAAGCACAUCUAUCCUGCCAACGUAUGGCAGGACUUUGACCCGGAGCAGGACUACACCCAGCAGGUCCGUCGCGACCAGGGUGGAAACGCCUAUUUCUUUGCGAGCAAGUGA